CGGGAUGAGGCUUGGGUGGCAACCGUAACUAGGGAGCAGGUGACGGAGAAAGCUGCGGCGGCUGGAGGCCCGGCGGGAGGUGGGGGGUGCAGGCGGCGGGACAACCCCGGCCUCUGAGGACCAGAGAGGGCGCACGCCAGAAAACUCCAAAGAGAAGAAUGUCAGAUGCAGAGGAAAACCCACUAGAAGAAACAGAAGAUGGAGAAACAGAAAUGGAAGAAGAGAAAAAUCCAGAUUAUAAAGAGGCAAAAAACAUGCAACAGGAAUCAAAAGAAGAUGACACAUUAGCAUGGAGAGAGUCUCAGGAGGAGGGGGAAGAGUGGGAAGGAGAAGUCAGGGAUGGGGUGGAGGAAGAGGAAGGAGAAGUGGAGAAAGAGCAGGAAGAAGGGGUGGAGAGGGAGGAGGAGGAAAGAGAGGUGGGGAAAGAGGAGGAGGCAGAGGAGGAGGAGGGGGAGGGGGAGGGGGAGAAAAGGGAGAUGGAGAAAGGGGAGAAGGGGCAGAAAGAGGAAGAAGGGGAGGUGGAGGAAGAGAGGGAAGCAGAUGUGGAAGAGGAAGAGGAGACUGUCCGAGGAGAAAUGGAAGAAAAGCCUGGAGCCCCACAGGAGGUGGUGGCUGCAGGAAUACAGGAAGAAACCACAACAGAACCCCAAGAAAUAACCAAGUCCAUGAUCAGUUUGGAGAGACUUACGCUGACUGAUUCCCAGGCAGUGUUGUCAGGAACUAUCCCAAAAUCCCACAGUGAUGGCAAGUUGAAGCACUCAUUACCAUCUAAACUUUCAGGAACACAUGAGCUUGCAAGAGACCUGAGCUCACAAUUAGCAUUUCUUGAUUUGGAUCAAUCCAGUUCUGAGGAACCACAGAUUAGUUGCUCUCAAAGGCAGUCCUCAGGUGAGGUUGGAGGGAAAACCAACCAGUUGUCCCAACACGAAUUGGGACAAGAAAGGAGAGACUCAGACUCAGAAAAGGGAGAAAGGAGACAAGAAAAAAGAAUAUCAUACUUAAUUGAGGAGAAAGAAGAAAUAUUCCAGCCCAAAGCAGGGAUCCCAGAGGACUCACUGGUGUCCACCAGCACUGAGGACAUUUUGUUUCAAAAGGAUGACAGUGCCAACGUGUAUCCCUUGACCCAAACUUGGUCAUUCGGGUGGAACAGUUCUCUUCCUGUUUACUAUAUUGGAGACAAAAACCAAAGAGUUCUUCUGUAUGUCUGUGCUCACACUGCAGUCAUCUACAAUGUUUUCAAGAAUAAUCAGCAUCAUCUUCAGGGCCACCCUAAUGUGAUCUCCUGCCUCUGCGUCAGCGAAGAUAGGCGAUGGAUUGCCACUGCCGACAAAGGGCCCAGCUGCCUGAUAAUUAUCUGGGACUCUUUCACAGGCAUUUUGAGUGUGAUCAUUUCCCAAACGCCAAAUCUGAUUGAAUUGCUCCCCUGCUUGCCACCCUUCAGAGGCCGCUCCUUGCCAACGCAGCCUGUGUCACAGGGAAUACACACCUCACAGCAUAGCUGUACCAACGGUUACCCCAGAAAAACCAGGGCUGAACACUCAGGUAAUGGCAUCAGGGCCAUAGCUAUCACCCGUGAUGCCAAGUAUCUGGCAACCAUCUCUGAUGCUGAAAUCCAGAAAGUUUGCAUCUGGAGGUGGACUUUAGCAGUGGAGACACCAGCAUGCACUCUUGACCUUCCAAAAGAGUAUGGUCUUCAAAACUACCUUACUUUUAAUCCAACAAAUAAUAAAGAAUUGGUGAGCAAUAGUAAAACACAGGCAAUAUAUUAUCUGUGGCAUGAAGAGGAAGAUAUAGUUGUUUACAGUGCUCCACUUUUAACAGAAAAAACAUUCAACAAGCUCGUGGGAAAAUUCAGCCAGUCUGUUUUCCAUUUGAAUUUAACACAAAUACUCUCUGCAACAAUGGAAGGGAAGCUGGUUGUCUGGGACAUACACCACCCACUAUCAUCUGCCUCUACCUCUGUGUUCUUUCCCUCUAUCAAACCUUGUAAACUGGUUCAUUUGCAGGAAGAGGGCAUCACUGUGCUUACUACAGUUGAUCGCUUUAUUGUCACAGGUGACCUUAAGGGUAACAUUAAGUUUUAUGAUCACACCCUGUCCAUUGCUAACUGGUACAGUCACUUCAAUCUGGGCUCCAUAAGAACCCUGUCCUUUUCAAAGACCCCGGCAUCUCCUCCUACUGAAAAAUCAAACUAUCCUCCAGACUGCACUUUAAAAGGUGACCUUUUUAUUGUUAGGAAUUUUAUCAUUGGAACAUCUGAUGCAACAGUGUACCACUUAACGAUAGAUGGGACCAAGCUUGAGAAGAUAUUUGUAGAGCCCAAGGAUGCCAUUUGUGCCAUCUCCUGCCACCCAUAUCAACCCCUCAUCGCCAUCGGGAGUUUCUGUGGGAUGAUCAAAGUGUGGGAUUAUGAAAAGAAAAAGUACCUUUUCAGCAGGGUCUUUGAGAAGGGGUGUGGAGUCCAGAGUCUGACGUACAAUCCCGAAGGGGCCCUUCUUGGAGCUGGCUUCACAGAGGGGACAGUUUAUAUUCUUGAUGCAAUGUCCUUAGAAAAUGAAAUCCCAGAGCCUUUCAAAUAUUCCAGAACCAAUGUGACACAUAUCAGCUUCUCCCAUGACUCCCAGUAUAUGGCAACUGCUGAUGUAAAUUUUACUGUGGCCGUUUACAUGGUGAAAGUAAAAAAUGGACAAAGGGUCUGGGAAUACCUGGCAAGGCUUCGUUCUCAUCGCAAAAGCAUUCGAAGUCUCCUGUUUGGGGUCCAUCUGGACAGCAAUGAGCCUAGGCUGCUGAGCCUUGGAAGAGACAGACUCCUGAUUGAAUAUAAUCUUCUCAAGAGCUGCAAAGACCACUUGGAAGUCCUGGACAUUCACCGAACUGACCAGGGCAGCUACCCCACCUGUAUGGUCUGGUAUCCCCCACUCACCAAGGAACUCUUCCUGCUAGUUUGCAACAGUGGCUACAAAGUAAAACUUUUUAAUUCUACCACAAAAAUGUGCAGGAAGACACUUCUUGGGCCAGUUUAUGGUUCUCCCAUUGAGCAGAUACAUAUCCUCCCAGUGAAAACCACUUUGGAACUGCAGAAACGCCACUUGGUGUUUAUUAAUAGAGACAAGGUUGGACUUCAGAUUUUACCAGUUGAUGGCAAUCCACAUAAGACAUCUGCUAUUGUAUGUCACCCAAAUGGGGUGGCUGGAAUGACCCUUUCCUAUGAUGGCUGCUAUGCCUUCACAGCAGGAGGACAAGAUCGGACUGUGGUACAAUGGAAAAUCAACUUAAGUGCCCUGGAGGCAGCAGUUUCUCUCGGGGGUGAAGACUUGACCCCAUUCUAUGGUCUGGUGUCUGGUGGCAGGGAAGGAAAAUUCUACAGGGAGCUGGAAGACUAUUUUUACUAUUCUCAGCUCCGUAGUCAAGGUAUCGAUACAAUGGAGACCAGAAAGGUGUCGGAACACAUUGGCCUGUCGGAGCUUCCUUUUGUCAUGAGAGCAACUGGCUUUUACCCAUCAGAAGAAGAGAUUGAUGAUAUGUUUAAUGAAAUCAGAUAUAGUGAGUAUGUGGACACUGGGAAGCUAAUUGACAAAAUCAACUUACCAGACUUCCUCAAAGUCUACCUCAAUCAUAGGCCACCUUUUGGUAACACCAUGAGGGGCAUCCAGCAGAGUUUUGACAUUCUUGGUUUUACCAAUUCAAAAGGAAAGAAGGUUAUUCGAAGAGAGGAUUUCCUAAAACUGCUUCUAACUAAAGGUGAGCACAUGACAGAAGAGGAGAUGUCUGACUGCUUUGCUACGCUGUUGGGGCUGAAUCCUGAGGGGUGGAAAUCUGAGCCUGCAGCCUCCUCCGUGAAAGGUUCAGAAAUUUGCUUUGAAGAAGACCUUCCAGAAGAAAUCACUGCAGAAAUAUUCACAACUGACAUUCUUGGCUUAACCAUUUCACAAGAUUUCAGACAAGAUCCUAUGGUCAGUGAAGUUGUAAGGAAUGUUUGAAGCACAAGGGACUUUGUGUGGGGUUUAUUUUUUUCUAAGAGGCACUGCUUUUCCUGCAUUUCCCUGCCCCCACUUUAAUCUUUAGAACAUUUAGACAUUAAAAGCAAAUUUCUGUUAAGCAACGGAAUUCACAAAGUUGGACAUUCCACUGUUUCUGAAAUAGAAAAGUGGGUGGAGGGAAGAAAAACAUUGGCAGCUGGAUGCCCAUGGUGGCUAGACACCCUGGCCUGUUUUGUGCCUGAGCAAAGGCAGUGCUGCCUGGAGGGGCGCUUGACAAGAGUGGAGGCAGAGUGCUCCCUGGGGGUCCCUCAGCUGGCAGCAGACCUUCCGAGUCACACGUGUGUCCUUAUUCCCUUCCCCUCAAGUAUACCUGGACCCUUGGCCUGACAUGGCCCAGUGUGCAUCACCUCUGCCUGCUGUUUGGCCGGAGUAGGGCUGCUGGGUGCCCUGGGCUCCUGAGAGUCCCUCGUUGUGGCUUCUUAUCAGCAAAACAGCCCAGCAGCAGCAGUUGUGUGUGGCUGUUACGAAGAGCAUCACUGGCCAUGCUGAACCCCGGCGGCAACUGCCAGAUAGAAUGUAAAAUGCACCCUGGAGC